CUACCGCUAGCAGCACGCAUCAAAUUCAAAUUGCUAACACUAGCAUACAAAGUCCGAGAUGGUACAACUCCCAUCUACCUGAAUCCUCUUGCAAAGGCUUACGUCUCGGUCUGACCGCUCCGGUCAUCACAGGAUCGUCGGCUAGCAGUGCCUACACCACGCUCAGGACAAUCCAGACUCUUCUCAUGCAUCGUUCCACAAAUGUGGAAUGACCUACCAAGCACUACCAGAACAGGGGCUUCCUUUUCAAUUUUCAAGAAACUCCUGAAGACUCUGCUCUUCAGAGAGCAUCUUCUAAACUAGCACCCUCCCUGCACCCGUCCCCCCUCUCUGUCCACUCCUUGUUCCCUACUCUCCAUGAUUGAUGUCAAGUUGUUGUUGUUGUUGUUGUUAGCCUCAAGGGCAACAUGCCGAUUAUCACUUGUAAGUCGCUUUGGACAAAAGCGUCUGCUAAAUACAUAAACAUAGUUGAAAUCUCCGCUCCAGAGGAUUCAGGAGGAGUCUCCUUUUGCUUUUCCUUUAAUCUUCUGACUGAAAGUAAUCAGUUACUCAAAUCUGAUGCAAACAAGACUCUUCUGGUAGUUUUGUCCUGAACAAGGAAGCAAACAACAUCCCUGGGCUUCCUCUUCUUUUUUCCAUGAAAUCCGUAAAAACCCUGGGAUUGGAUCUGUUAUUUAUUGGAUGCAGGUGAUUGUUUCUAGUUUUGGUCAAAGUCCUCGGACCAUCACUUCCUUCUAUUUCUUGUUGGUCACUAACUGAGAACUUCAGGUUGGAGGAAUUUUCUCCUGCAGCCACCAGUAAACAGGGAGGCAUGAAGUGGUGAAAGUGGCGUGGUGGCGGCAGCGGUGAAGCGAGACGGCUUGUUGUUUAAAGUUUAAUGAGGAGGUUAAUAUUUGAUUGGAAGCUCCUGGGUCUGAUUGAUGAGUGCUCUGGUGAAUCAGAGAAAGCUAACUUUUACUAACCAAGCAAAAUCCACCUCCAGAUGUCCUGAAGCCCCUGGCUGCCUCCAUCAGAACCCUGUGGGUGUGUCUCUUUCUGCACCAGUAUCAUGCAGAGCUGCUGUUACGUAUGUGGGCAUCAGCGGGACGUACCAUCUCCUACACUCACAGGGGUGGGCAUGCUUUGUGCUGCAUCCUUUUAUUCUCCAUCCCACUCUGAAUCAUCCCUCCAGUUUAAUCGGACUGGUUUUUUGUGACUGUAGAAAGACAGAAGAACAUCCUCUAGUCUGCUUCACGGUUCAGGUCUGUCCUUCACCCCCCCCCUCCUCUUCUUCAUCUUCUGUUCUUGAUUGGUAGGCCAACGUGGCCAGGUGAACGGAGGCAGGCGUGACGACAGAUGGUCCCGUACAGUCAGAGGGAUUAUAUAUUAUCACCCAGCAGCUCAGACGAGCGGUUUGUUGUCCUCACACACGGCAGGAAUCAUGCUAGAGAGACAAAACUCAGCUAACACGCAGCAGAUCGAGUCUAAAGAAGGACUUGGCUCAUAGAAGAGAGGACAGAGGGCAGGCUUUCUUCAGUUACCAUGGAGGUGUGGAGCUCCUCGGUGUCCGAGGAGGAGGAAGACGAGAGGAGCACCUUGAGUCUGGGGGAUGAAAUAGUGGAGGAGGACCUAAAACGCCACAACAGCAAUAACAAUAAUAACAACAACGAAAGCCUCUGCAAGGAGGUGACACAAGUGCUGUGCUCCGACAGAGUGGGCCAGGUCACCAAAACGUACCAUGACAUUAAGGCGGUCACCCACCUGCUGGAAGAGAAAGAGCGAGAUCUGGAGUUAGCGGCUCGAAUCGGUCAGUCUCUCCUGAAGCAGAACCAAGAGCUAACGACGAGGAAUGAUUCGCUGGACCAGCAACUAGAAGCAGUGAAGGAGGAGAUCGCUCAACUUCGUCAUGAGCUCUCCAUGCGAGACGACCUCCUGCAGUUCUACGCCAGCACAGAGGAGCUCGAGAACGCUCAGGCACUCUCACCACUCAAGAGAAACGAAUCCACCAGUUCGCUCGGCGGUUUCGUCCAUUAUGACUUCCUGCAUCAGAAGCUGAAGAGUUUAGAGGAGGAGAAUCGCAAACUGAGACUGGAGGCCAGUGAGCUCUCCACAGAGACGAGCAGCUACGAAGAGCAGGAGCAGGAGCUCAUGAUGGUGUGUGUGGAGGAGCUCUCGUCUGCAAACAAGCGGGUGGCGGAUCUGUCUGACGAGUUGGCACGAAAGGUGGAGGACACUUUGAGACAGCAGGAGGAGAUCAGCUCGCUGCUCGCUCAGAUCGUUGAUCUGCAGGCUCGCUGCAAAGAGCUUUCCCAUGAGAACGAGGAGUUGGGCCAACACCUGAGUUUCUCCAGAGAAAAGGAACUGAAACUCAAAUCACAGCUGAAGGACUUGCAGGACAAGUACUCUGAAUGUGAGGACAUGCUCCACGAGGCACAACAGGACAUUAAAAACCUGCGAAACAAGAGUCUGCCCAACAGCACGGUGCAGAGAUACACCGCGCUGGCCUCCGUCCUCCCCAUGGACUCGCUGGCAGCGGAGAUCGAAGGAACCUUUCGUAAAGGCCUGGACUCCCCGACUCCCUCAGAGUACAAAAACCAUCCGUGGCGCGUCUUUGAAACGGUCAAAGUGGUGAAUAAAGCCGGCAGGAUGCGCUCCCAGUGCCAUUCACCGGGGCUGCCGGGCUCCAGCCCGGUGUCGGCGUGGUCCAGUUGCACCAGCACCCCCAGAACCAGCUACUAUGGCUCUGACAAUGCCAGCAUCUACCUGGAGGACAAACCCAGCUCCGCUCCGGCUCAGAAAGAGGACAGCAGCGUCGGUAGACCCAAACGCCUGGGUCAGCCGGGGACACCUGGAGGCCAGGACCUGGAAGCCGCUCUGCACAGCCUCUCGGCUCGCCAGCAGAACCACUCUUCGGACCGGCCUUUCUUUGACGUGGAGCGGGAACGUAAGCUCUGUGCCUUGGCCACCAACUGUGAGGAAGGCGACGGCUCUAGCGGCUUCCUGACACCUAACGACAGUCUGGCCUCCAGCUCUGCUGCGUCCACAGGCACCAACUACUCCAACGGCAGUUCGCGGCACUCCUGCAGCUCCUCCGGGGGAUCCAGGUCCUAUCUGCCCGACCGGCUGCAGAUCGUCAAACCUCUAGAAGGGUCAGUUACUCUGCACCACUGGCAGCAGCUGGCCAAACCGAACCUGGGAGGGAUCCUCCACCCACGUCCUGGAGUCCUAACAAAGGACUUUAAGGAGCUGGAGGUGGACAUCCAGCACGUGUACAGCCUGAACGACCUGGAGGAGGAUGAACCAGACUUCUCCCAGCUCUCCGGAGCUCACGGACUGGUUUCUCCAUCAGGUCCAAACCUCCCUCAGACCUGUCCCACUCACACCAUCACCACCUGUAGAGCCCUCCGGCCCUCCCCUCUCAUCCCCUCCUUCUCCACUAGCCUUCGCGCUUUCAGCCUGCCACCUUGUCAGAGCAGUGAGCACCUGAGCACUUCACCCCCACCCCACCUGCAGCAGUUCGGCCUCAUCUCCACCUCCACCUCCACCCUGGGACUCCUGCAGCUGCUGCAGGAACACGGCAUCUCAGCCUCGGCCAGUCCACACAACAACCUGCACUACAGCCAUGACACGCAACCUUUAUGCUCCGUCGUCAAAGAUGGAGGCUUGUCCUCAGACAGAAACUCCGAGCGGAGUGUUUUCAGCCUCAACCUGGUAGAGAAGCUGCAGGGCCUCGGGCUCCACAGGGUGGCAGCCUGGGGGAUGACUGGCCACAGAGGGAAGGAGCUGGACAGUCCAACAUCCUCCUAUAGUGUGACAGAUUUCUGCUCUCGUCAUCCACCACAGUGACUUUGCAUGAAGCCAUGAGAUUCCCUUAGUGUGAUUCAGCAGCAGUAGCAGCAUCAUCAGCAUCAGCGGCAGUGGCGGCUGCAGCAGCAUCAUCAGCAUCAGCGGCAGUGGCGGCUGCAGCAGCUUCAGUGGCAGCAGAAUCAGCAUCAGCGGCAGUGGCGGCUGCAGCAGCAUCAUCAGCAUCAGCGGCAGUGGCGGCUGCAGCAUCAGGCAUGUCUUCAAGGAAAAAAAGCCACAGAAUGUGUUUGAGCCAUACUUGACCUGCAGGACGUAUGUCCUGCUCUGGAGGUGGUCGUCUGGACGACCACCCGAUGACCACUGCUUCAUUUUACACGUAGAAACAAAACAAACAGAUGUUUUUUAUAUGGAGUUGUGUGAUUUUCCAUUUUCCUCCAUCGCUGUUUUAAAACCCAGACACGUUUUAUUGUGUAAAAGUUAUUGUUGGAUGUUUAAAGCAGAUCACAGACUGAAGCUGAAGAACAUCUAAAUGCACUAAAACUAAAAGCUUUGUUAAAAACACAUUUGAAAUGAGGGUCACCGACUCAUCCUUCACCUGAGAGCCCCGCCCUCCUUCACCGGGAGCGGUGGAGACGACCUGGGGUUGGCGUUCUGCACCAGAAGCCCUGAGAGGAGUUUCUUUAGAAGCAAUAAGUCCCAUCUGCUGUAUUCAGAGUCGUGUUUGUGAUGUUUAUUAGUAUUUAUUAAUAAAGACAGAUGUAGGUGUGUCUUUCUGAACGGUCAGCUGUAGCGACAGGAGACGGGGGAGUAAAGAGGGACUGGUCCGUCUGUGUGGACAUCUCACCAACUGUGAAUAAAACCUUUGCAUUUUCAUCCGGAA